AUGAAUAGUAAGUCAAAAUUUAAAACAUUAAUUAUUAUUGAUCUUGAAACAACUGGUUUAAUAUAUGAUGAACCUAAAAUUACUGAAUUAGCAAUGAUUGCUGUAAAUAUCGCAACAUUGGAAGAAAUGAAAGCAGAUGAAGAAUUACCUCGAGUACUGAAUAAAUUUGUUAAAUUUUUUGAUCCAGUAAAAUUAUUACGCGCUUCAGUAGCUGAAUUGACCGGUUUAAAUAAUCGUAUGUUGAUAGAUUAUGCACCAUUUAAUCGUGAAACAGUUAUUGCAAUGGAAGCUUUUUUAAGUGAUUUUCAAAAACCAAUGUGUUUUGUUGCUCACAAUGGUAAUUUAUUUGAUUUUCCUAUUUUAUUCAAUGAAAUUAAAUCUGCAUUAUCCAGUCCUUCAUUUUAUGCUAAUACUACUACUAAUCAUAAUAAUGGUCAUAAUGAAUGCAUUUCUGAAACGAAUACAACCGAUUCAAAUGAUAAUAUAUCUCUAGCUUCUCUUACAACAAAAGAUUCAUCUAUACAAACAAUAACAACAAGUUAUGAUUAUAAUGAAACUUCAUUACUAUCUGUUGCAUGUGCUGAUUCACUUGUUUUCUUUCGAGAAAUGCAUCGAUUACUUAAUGAUAAGGAUAUAGUUCAAUAUCCAAUUGAAAAUAUUUCAUCAGAAUCUCCAGUCAGAUUUAAUCAAAAUGACUGUCAGAAUAACGUAUCAGUUAAUUCAAAUGAAUUAACAUCAACUAAUAAUAAUUCAUCAGCUCGUCUUGGAUAUGUUGAAAUACCGAUUAAAUAUGUUCCUUCACAAGAUCCAACACGACAACAAUUAUCAAUGAAACUUAGUAAAAUUUAUGAACGAGAAUUUAUUCAAAAAACAUCUAAUUUAAAAGCUCAUCGUGCUGAAGAUGAUUGUCUAAUGCUUUUAGCUAUUUUAAAACGUUAUCUGCCCGAUUGGCUUGAAUGGAUAGAAUUAAAUCAUCAAUCAUUAAGUAAAUUUUUCUCUUUACCGUUUACAUCAACAAAACAAACAUUACCAAAACUUACUGAAAAUACAAAACGGCCGCUGAAAUUUUAA